AUGACGACGACGACGCGCGGCGCGACGCGCGGCGGUGGGACGACGCGCGCGACGACGGGCGGCGCGACGGGACGGCGCGCGCUUAUCCAGAGGCGGCGGCGAGGCGACGGCGCGACGGCGAGCGCGGGGACGGUGGCGCAGCCGGACGCGAGGGACGUGGAGGAACUGUACGGGCAGAACGGGGCGUGCGCGAUCGCGCCCAAGUACUCGCCGGCGGUGGUGAGAGAGCGCGCGAUGCGAGGGCCGGGGGAAGCGGCGCGGACGGCGGCGCGGUGCGGGGAGAUCGUGUUCAACGCCACGGCGUUCGCGAGUGGGUUGCUGUACGAUAAGUUGAACGAAACCGAACGCGUGGUGAGUCGAAGCGAGCAGCUGAGGGUGCAGUUGGCGAAGUUGGGGCCGUCGUUCGUCAAGGCGGGGCAGGUGUUGGCGAACCGGCCGGAUAUCGUGCGAAGCGAUUACAUGGAGGAGUUGUGCAAGCUUCAAGACGACGUGCCGCCGUUCGAUAACGCGACCGCGUUUGAUAUCAUUCGAAGCGAGCUCGGACGACCGAUCGAUGAGGUGUUCUCGGUGAUUUCGAGCGAUCCGAUCGCGGCGGCGUCGCUCGGGCAGGUGUACCGAGCGACGCUUCGCGAGAGCGGCGAGGAAGUCGCCAUCAAGGUGCAACGGCCGGGGAUCGAGCCCAUCAUUUACAGAGACUUGUUAUUGUUUCGCACGCUGGCGUGGUUCAUCAACGGCUACUCCGUGCGCGCGUUGGGUUGCAACGCCCAGCUCAUCGUGGACGAGUUUGGCGAGAAGCUCUUGGAGGAACUCGAUUACGUGCAAGAGGGGCGCAACUUGAGCGAUUUUUACGACAAUUUCAAGGACGAUCCCAUCGUGAAGAUCCCAAAGUACUACAAAGAGUACUCCGGGUCGAAGAUUUUGACCAUGGAAUGGAUCGAUGGCGUUCGAUGCACAGAUCCGCAAGGCAUCGUCGACGCCGGCAUCGACGUCGAGGAGUUCAUCAAGGUGGGCGUCGUGAGCGGGCUGAGACAGUUGUUGGAGUUUGGAUUAUUCCACGGCGACCCGCAUCCGGGUAAUAUUUUCGCGAUGCGCGACGGGCGCAUCGCGUACGUAGAUUUUGGGAACGUCGCGCAGCUGACGCAAACGAAUAAGGAGGUGCUCAUCGACGCCGUCGUGCACGCGGUGAACGAGGACUACGAAAGCAUGGCGGGUGAUUUCAUUCGUCUCGGUUUCUUGACCCCAGGCACGGACGUGCGGCCCAUUGUUCCGGCGCUUCAAGACAUUUGGCAAGACGCUCGCACGGCAUCGUUAGCCAAUUUCAACUUUCGCACCGUGACGUCGAGUUUCAACAAGCUCGUGUACCAGUACCCAAUUCGCAUCCCAGAGCGGUUUUCGCUCGUCAUCCGCUCGCUGUUGACGCAAGAAGGGAUUUGCAUGACGUUGAAGCCGGACUUCAAGUUUCUCGAAGUCGCGUAUCCGUACGUCGCCAAGCGGUUAUUGACAGACCGAGACGUUUCGCUUCGCGAGCGCUUGAUUCAAGUGUUGUUCAAGCAAGACAAGUUUCAAUGGCGCCGCCUUGAAAACUUGAUCGAUCUCGCGCGAGACGGCGGCGGGAACCUCGAUUUGACGGAAACCGCCACGGAUGGCGCGGGGUUACUUCUUACGGACGCUAAACUUCGUCAGCAACUGCUCCUCGCGUUGACGGAAGACGAUCGCUUACAAGUGGACGAGCUCGCACGUCUCGUUGCGACGCUUCAACGAGAGGUCAAUAUCCAAAAGCUGGUGCAAAACGCGGUCGGCGACGGGCCAAACAUCGCGCGUAAUCUCGCUCUCAGCUGGUCUAGUAAGGUGCUCGCGGACUAA